AUGGCGAACGUCAAAGUUUUAUAUGGUUCAAUAAUUCGCCGUUUCACGAUUCCAAACGACACUAGUUGGUCGUUCUUUGAAUCCCAGAUUCGCUCACUCUUCCAGAUGCCACCGAAAACUCCUAUCUCUCUCUCAUAUACCGAUGAAGAUGGUGAUAUCAUCACUCUAUCGAGCGAUUUGGAGCUUCAAGAAAUACUUUCUGACCAAACUUUGUUCGGUUCUUCUGUAAAAUUCGUUUUGUCUACUCCUGAUGAACUUGUCCCUAAUGAAAAAAAUAGUUGGGUGUUAGAAGAAAGUCCUUCGCAAAUAAAGGAGGAUGGAUUGCCUAAAUUUACAAAUGAUAGUGAUGUGAUUAGUUUCAGUUCUUCCGAUGAGGAAGAUGGCUCAGAAGCUUCUCCAAUAAAUGUGCACGAAUCCCAAGAACAAAGUUCAAAUGAAUCUCAACAACCAUUUAUGUUCAUCGAAUCUUCCGAAUUUCAAAAGAAUCAGGAUUACAAACAUGCGACAGUCGUUGAUAAAGAAACUGAAGAACCAACUUUUAAACCAACUAUAGUUGGUCAACAACCUGAAACUAUCAGUGAAUCGUCAUCUUCACCUGUCGUCGACGAAGAAAAAUCCAAAGAAUUACCUAAAAAAGAAGAAAAACAACCUGAAUCUGAUCGUGAUCAACCAAUUGAUGAUAACAAUAAAGAAAAUGAAUCAGAUCAACCAACUAAUAAUAACAAUAAAGAAAAUGAAUCAGGUCAACCGAUUGAUAAUGAUCAACCAAAUGAUGAUAACGAUGAAGAAAACAUAUUUUGGAUUUAUCACGACUGUCCUCAUUGUGAUGCACGAUUCAACGAUUAUAAUGAUUAUAAUUCAUAUUGUCAUCAAUCAUUCGGUACGCGUAGGCAUUGCCCAGCAGCAGUAACACUUUACAAUGUCUCGAAAUUUUUAUUCAAAUUCUUAGAAUUUGUAUUCUCAUUAGCAAUCUCUCUUUACAAAUUCAUAAAUUUUUUGUUAUUAAUAUCACUAGUAAUGAUAACUUCUACAUACUUUUUUACAACUUAUCCAUUAUUAAAAUUUUUGAUUGUAGUGUUUGCAUUUAAGUAUUUCUUUUUUCACAACAAUAAUAACAGAGAAAGAUUUUAUCGUGGAUGUCGAUUUGGUAGAUGGCAUAGAAGACAACCCAACAGGAGAAAUCAAUGUUAUCAACGAAGGGAAUGUGAUGGAAAUAUCAAUGAAGUUGUUGCUGAAAAGGUAAAACUUUUAAGAGAUAUGGGAUUUGAAGGUGAAAAUUUAGAAGAGUUGAUAAAUUGGUAUAAUGGAAAUAUGGAAUUUGCUGUUGAAACAUUACUACAACGACAUCAAUUAUAUUCACGAAAACUCUAA